CAAGCCAAGGAAUACACGCUACAAAGGGAGCUCUUCUUCUAAGGUCUCUACUAUUGGACGUGUCCUCCAUUCCUGAGUGAAUACAUGCUAAGCCCAUGUGUCACUCCCACGCUUGGAUCAUCCACAGUUUUCAGAGAAAUGAAGAUUUAGACAAUCUGUGAAGUGGGUCAACACCACAGCCCUCAAUCACCAUCAUCAUUAUCAUCUUUGAUGAGUUUUAAAGUGGGAGUCUUUUUCUUGAUUCUCUAUCAGUAUGCUUGAUCUGAUUGUGGAUUGCAGUCUUUGGAAAAUGGGUUUUUGUAGGUUUGAUUCAAAUGCUGAUAUGUAAAUUCUUGAGGGGAAGACCUAGUUGGAGUUUGGAUCUGCAGUUGACUCGGGGUUCUUUUGGAUUCAAAACCCUGAAAAAGGGUGUACUUUUUUAUGUGGGUUUGUUGUGGAAAACCCUAAACAGGCAUGUGGGACUUAGUCCUAUGGGCCUUCUAUCUAAAUUUUGAAUAUCUAGCUCAAGGGCUGUGUUGGUAUCUUUUGGAGGCUUUGGAAUUUUUCACAGAUGAAUUGCUAGCAUUUUGUUUGGUUUUUGCCUCAUUUGUUGAAGAAUACAUUGGGAGAAUCUUUUGUCAAAUCUUGAUUGCUUAGGUUCUUGAAAUAACUCAAAAUCCACGCCAAAUUUGAAACCCUAGAAGAAGAAAGUAGAAACUGAAUUCAGAAAAAAGUGAAUUGAGAGUGUUGUUGAGUUUUUGGAAACGGGGUAGUUAGAAGAAUCAGUUUCAGAUCAUAUUGAGGGUAUAUUUAUCAAUGGGUUCGUUUGAGAACACAGUUUAUUACUGCUGUGUGUCGAAGGGUAAUAGAAUUAUGUAUGCAUAUAGUGGUGGAGGCCAUGAGAUUGAGAAUUUGGCUGCCUUGUGCUUGGAAAGAGCUCCUCCCUUUCACAAAUGGUAUUUUCAGACCAUGGGCAAGAAAACUUUUGGGUUUUUGAUGGAAGAUGGGCAUGUUUAUUUUGCAAUUGUAGAUGAGGGUCUUGGAAACCCGGGAGUUCUACAGUUUCUAGAACACAUGAGAGAUGAAUUCAAGAAGAUAGCUAGAAAGGAUUCUAGGGGAAGCCCUUCAAGUUUUAACUCACUCCAUAUACAAGAUCAACUGGUGCCCAUUAUCCACCACUUGAUCUCCUCAUUAGAGCAUGUUUCUCAGACUAGUAAUAAUUGGAUAGCUGAGUCUCCCUUGCCACAUCAUGUGGGUCUUUCUCCAUCACCAAGUGAUGCAAAUGGGCAAAUGGAAGCUGCCAGUUCUACAAAAGCCCCAUUGUUAGGAAAGUUUAGCAAGCAAGAGAAGAAGAAGAAGAUGAAGGAUCCUGUCAUUGCAAUGAGAGACAUUGAGUUGGAGGAGCACCGGAAGUCCACAGACAGAGGUAUCAAGAUAGAUUCGGGGAAUUCGGAUUCCAAUAGCCAAGGUGGUGUUGGUUCUUCAAUUUCAUUACAGAAGGAUUUGGGUUCAAUCAGGAUCAGGUCAGGCUCUCAAAGCAUCCGAAAGAAGUGGUGCCGCCACGUAAGGAUUGUUCUUGCAAUUGAUGCAGCUGUAUGCCUGAUACUGUUUGUGAUAUGGUUAGUAAUUUUCCAUCUCACAAAGAAGUAAUAUGCUUGAUACUGCAUGUGUGCAACAGACUUCUUGACAAGGUAAAUAUAUAUUGAAGGUAUGUGCUUCAAAUUACACUGUCGGUAGCAUCAUAUUGUGGUUAUUCUGUACAGAAUCUUUUAUGUAUAUGUAUAUGAACGUGUUAGAGCUAGAGAAACAUUGAGUCCCACUUAUGGAGCCAUUUCACGCCACUUGGCAUGGUGAAAUACUAUAUUCCUCAGUUCUCAUUUCAGUUUCAUUUUGUUAUAAUUUAUAAUCUUAAGUCUUAAAAUUUUAAAUUAAGUUGCUCUGCACUCCAUUUAUGUAAUAAUGCACAAAUGUUUGAAAAUACAUGCAGUUUUCUCUGUUAAUUUACGUAGUGCUUUCCUUUGAAAGUGCAUAGAGGUGAUUAUCUAGCGUUUCCUUUCUCCUAUCAAACAAAGUUGUAAUUACCCCUUCUCUUGAAUGGUUUCAGUUGCGCGAUUUCUCCUUUUGAACCUUUAUUGGAUUCUUUAUCUAAAAGAAGUUGUUACUCAAUAUAGGAGAUAUCAUGUUUUUCUGACUAUUAAAUGUACUUUGUUCGAGUUGAUUGAGAGUUGACCUAGAAAACCUUGGGUGAAAAUUGAGGAAGCCAGUGGAAAGAGUGUAUUCCUUAAGAGACUGAAAGGUUUGGGUAUGAUAUUAAUAAACACUAGAUUUUCAAUAGAGUUAAGAGUCAGUCGGUUCUUGUUUCUUUGUUUCUGGGGGAAAAAACAAAAAGAACAUUACUCACUGAAGCAGGCCCAGCGUGGGGUGAGUUGAUAUGGUUCUAACAAUUUUGCUUGAAGUGGCUGCACUCAAGACUUUAACCUUCUCAUGCUUCCAUGCUUGGAGGCUUGGGUUGUCUACCAUUGCACAAAAUGAUGGCCCCUAUAACUGCAGGAUAUAUGAAAAUUGAGUUAGAAAUGAGCGGAGUCCUGACCGCUUAGUGAUAGCUUCCACAGUCAGAAAUAUGCCUUUAGUGCCAAUGUUUUGCAAUUUCCAUGGAAGUCUAGUGACCAUAUGUAUAAGGAGGCUUUGGUUGCAGUUUAAGGCAGUAAUAGGACAAGCAGAAGGUCGGAAAAAACUUAAGAUAGUAAGCAAAGACCUGGGCGCUUUUAACAGAUUGUUGCUUUUGCAAGGAUUCGACCAGCUUAUCCAAAUAGUUGGGGAUUUGGGGACUUCGGCUUGAGGCUAAUUGGAUUCAUUAUGGUCAGUGAUUCUUUUUCUGUUAGGUGCUUGAUAUAACUUUUUAUUAACUCAUUAAACAAAUAAAGUAUGUACCACAUUAUUCUUUUCUCUUCUUUUCUUUUCUCUGUAUGUUCUUUCAUUCUUUUGGCUCGGGUGGGGGCGCAGGUAUAGUGGCUAGUGGGUAGUUGUUGUUCAAUCAUAACACUUGAGUGUUCGAGCAUAUGAGUUGAACUAAGCUUGAUCCCUGACAAACUUUCCCACUUGCAGUUCCUGGUUUCUUUAUGUAGUCAAUAAAAUCAUCAAACCUUUAUUUUUGUACAAAAGUUGGAACCUUUUCUGCUCACCUCUUGGAUGUUUCAUCUUUAGGGAACCAAAGAAAAGGCUGUCAUCAACAGAAGUUUAAAGUUAGAAUAUUUUCUUUAUGUCCAAAAGUCCCUAUUAGAAUUUGCCGGCAGACCACCCCGAAAUAGGCUUGUAUUGCAAAAACCUCAGAGGAACUAAGAAAAUAUAAUAGAAAGGUACACAGUUAACUGUAGUUACUGAUCUUGGAAAGAAGAGCAUUUCCCUCUCUUUUCUUCUUUUGCAACAAGGCUGAAGUAUUAGUGCUAAUGUUCCUGAAUAAUCUCUCGAAAGUUCUUCUCAUAGUUACUGGAAACUCUUUACCUACUUGUAUUCAAGCACCCCAAAUAACAGUAGUCAGGUGAUAGCUUGUGACAAGUAAUCGAUAUGUAUUCAUUUCCUGUUUUGUGGAAAUAGGAAUGACCCUUUCAAGCCUCUAGGGGACACUAUAAGGUAUUCUUGACUGUCUGCAGUAUCGUAUCAUGGCAGCUGGGAGUUGCAGUGAUUGUGGCAACAUGAAGGCAAGAUGUGCUCCUAGUCUGCCAAUGGGUUGCAGCCCUACCUACAUGGGGUUGCCGUCUUCUUGUGCAGGUUGGUAAGUUUGCUGCAGGCCAACGUGAACUUCAUCUUGGACAAUUUAUGCAUUCCCCCUUUGUGCGCA